CUCAGUUGGUAGAGCGCGUCACUAGUAAUGACGAGGUCAGUCGUUCGAGUCGGCUAAUGGGAAUUUUCUUUUUCCACCAAUGGUGCCCCUUUGGUAGCCACCCACUGAACUACAUAAAUAACUUGUGCAGGUCCGUCCUACCACAGCAUGGCAUCCAUGGACACCGACGAACAAUCAGUUGUGCUAUCUUCUAGCGCAACUUCAGGCCUUUCACUCUCGCUACAUCCCUUACCCAUCUUAAAUAUAUCAGAGCACUUGACGCGAUUGAAGUUGCAAACGAAAUCGACUGCACCUUUUGUUUUGGGCGCGUUGCUCGGUACGCAAAAUGGCCGAGAAGUGGAGAUUGUCAACAGCUUCGAGCUCGCCACUGAGGCUGGGCAUGAUGACAUCGUAGAUCACGGUUUCCUAGUCCAAAGGAGAGAUCAAUACAAGCAGGUUUUCCCCUCUCUGGAGUUCAUCGGAUGGUACACUGUCGCAUCUACAGUCACUUCACAACACAUCGCGCUCCACGAACAGUUUACAGGAUACUGCUCAACGCCACUUCUCCUUGUUCUUCAAUGCUCUACGAGCUCAUCAUCCGGGGCGGACGUUACAAGUCAAGCCCUUCCCUUUAAGGCGUAUGAACCCUCGGUUGAAAUCAGGGAGAGGAAGACACGGUCUGUAUUCAUCGAAGUACCGUUCAUGGUAGAAACUGGCGAGGCCGAACGUAUCGCUGUGGAUUGGACCGCCAGGGGUGGUGGUGGAGGCACCAGUUUGGAAUCGCAUUUACAUACACAACAAGCCGCUGUGAAGAUGCUGCAUGAAAGAAUCUUGGUGUUGGUGCAAUAUGUAGCAAAUGCCAUAGCAGGUCAAGUUCCGAAAGACCAUACCGUUCUCCGAUCAAUCUCUGCCUUGAUUGCUUCCCUCCCUGCCAGCGAGGACGACGCUUUCCGCGAGGAGUUCAAUACUGAAUACGAGGAUGUCAAGCUCACGGCUUUCCUCUCCGUACUCACUAAAUCCACGAACACCUUAAAUAAUCUCGUGGACAAACACCUGAUAAUGAAUGGUGGCAUGCGUGAUGAACGGCCGCUAAUACCUGGCCCACGAAGGCGAGCGGGAAGGCCAGGCGGUAUGCCUGGAGACUGGUCCGCGCAUGCCUGAGUCUCAUGAUCAUGUGGAGUCUGUCAACAAGAGCCUCCCAACACCCGUAGAGUCGAUGAGCCAUUAGUCAAGUACGACAUAUACCGG